AUGAUUGGUCCUCUGCCAGCAACCGCGAAGCGGCGAACGCAGCUUCUUGGGCCUCGUCUUCUGCUCAGUCAACUAGCAGCUCACACUCACGCUCCAACUCUUCUUAUGCCAACGUAUGUGACCAAUGCUAUCGACGCAAGCUUGGCUGUUCACGUGUGUACAUACAGCUUGAGCAGACCAGCUGGCCGUCCAAGACAAAGCCCGGCCGAAAGGAGACGCGAGUAUCGGCCUCCUAUCUCCAACAUUUCCACCGCAGCCAACAUCACCAAAAAGAGUGUUGGGAGCAAUGAAGAAGAGCCCAGGUCAACGUUGCCCAUGAUGCCGGAGCAAGGCGAGGGCCACAUCACAACCGUUGUCAGUGGUCAAGCGGAUCGAUACCCGCAGGACGUCGAUGACAUAGACGGCCUAUCACCAAUAAGUUCCGAUAGCAUGAUGGUGAUUGACCCGUCCUUCUGCUCCAAAUCAACAUCACUCAAUUACACGACCGGAGGUGUACAGGAUUUACACAAGGCCCUAGCAUACCACGAGCAACCAAAACUUCCCACGAGUCAAAACCUCGGACAUUCGGAAACCCAGUCUGAACUCUCAAGCAUCACACCGAAAGCUUCUCCUUCAGUCACUAAUAGCUUCGACUGUGACGACAUGGCCUUUGGCUUGUCGCGUUAUAGCCAGGCUCCACCGCCAUCCUUGUCGUCGCGCCUGGAGGCAGAUAUGCUAGAUUUCGACUUGGGAAGCCAUGAGGGGCGCUACGCUAUGGAGCCUGCAUCGACUGAAUCCGCCUCGACCCACAGCGACUUUGACGACGAGGGUUGCCUCUGCCUCUCUGACCUCGUACACUCAUUGAAUUUCAAGAUGGAUGUCGGUCGGGGCAAGAAAGACCCCCAUGAGGUCAUCUGCACACUCAAUGAGAUCUCUGAGCGCUUCAUCCAGUGUGAGGAUAAUCAUAGCAGCCUAUGGUACAUCGUCUUACUCGCGUUAUACCAAGACGCCAACGAGAAUCUAAACCAAUACAAGGAACCAAGCAGAGAAACUCUCAGCAGGUCUCAAUCACAGAGGGAUUUACUCGACCAAACCGGUGGCUUGAGUCAGAACAAUACCGGUGGAAGAGAAUACCAACACUGUCGCCAUGGCAACCACCCCGGACCUAACCCUAAUAUCACCGACUCAUGCACAGCUCAGCGGUCUGCUAAGAAACGGAGCAUUGUUCUUAAAGCAUUUCUUAACCUUUCAACCAUUGUUACUGCAUUGCCCUUCAAGUUAUCAAUACCUGAUGACGAUGCACCCGAUCAAGCCUACGUUACUGCAUUCGCGAGGAAACUGCUAGGGAAAUUCGAGGGUCAGCUGACCAGGGCGAUAGAGGUGAAAAAGCUCACGUUGUAG